GCGCUUUGGACUCCGCUCGUGCCGGAUUAACGUGUUAUGAUAGUCACCGCGAAGUUGGUAGCCAUUGGGCUGGGCCUCGCGCUCACGGCCUUCACCGUAUCGACCAUUGUCCUGGCCGUCCAGAAGGCGAAUCUUAAGAGUGAUUUGCGCGAUGCCCAGGAGAAGUUAGACCUCCUGGAGGCGGGGUAUACGAGCACAGCUGCUCCGACAACGGCAAGCACCAGUGGUUCGGAGCCCACAUCUGAACCUGGCAGCACAGUUUCUCCAGGAAGCACAGCCUCUCCAGGAAGCACUCAGUCACCAGGUUCCACCGCUUCAACAAGUGAACCCAGCACCACUGAAUCCCCCGAAGAGAAGAUCGACUACCGAUUGCCCGGAACUCUAAAGCCCACCCAUUAUGAUCUCUAUCUGUUUCCCAACAUCGAAACUGGUGAAUUCAGUGGACAGGAAACGAUUACAAUUACAGUUGUGGAGGCAACCGACAAGAUAGUCUUGCACUCUCUCAACCUAAAGAUUUCGAGUGUAUCCAUAAUGAACACGGGCAGUGAUACUUUGGAGAUCCUAGAAACAACCGUGGAUACUGUGAAGGAGUUUUUGAUAUUUCAGCUAAACGAACCACUGACAACAGGCAGGGAAGUGAGGCUGCAUAUUGGAUUCGAGGGAUCGAUGGCCAACAAGAUUGUGGGACUAUACAGUUCGUCGUAUGUGAAGGACGAUGAGACCCGCAAGUGGAUAGCCACCUCCAAGUUCGAACCCACUUAUGCCCGCCAGGCUUUUCCCUGCUUUGAUGAGCCAGCAUUGAAGGCCGAGUUCACCAUUACCCUGGUGCAUCCCUCUGGGGACGAUUACCAUGCCCUGUCCAACAUGAACGUGGACUCGAGUGUCAACCAGGGAGCCUUCCAGGAGGUCACGUUCGCCAAAAGUGUUCCCAUGAGCACCUACCUGGCCUGCUUCAUUGUCUCCGACUUCACCGCCAAGAACGUCGAAAUCGACACCAAGGGCAUUGGAGAAAACUUCCCCAUGAGCGUCUACGCCACUCCAGAGCAAAUCGACAAAACGGAUCUUGCUGUGACCAUCGGCAAGGGAGUCAUCGAGUACUACAUCGACUACUUCCAAAUCGCCUAUCCGCUGCCCAAACUUGAUAUGGCUGCCAUCCCCGACUUUGUCUCCGGUGCCAUGGAGCACUGGGGAUUGGUGACCUACAGGGAAACAUCGCUCUUGUACGACGAAGCCACGAGUUCUGCCACCAACAAGCAGCGCAUUGCCAGCGUGAUUGCCCACGAAUUCGCCCACAUGUGGUUUGGAAACUUGGUAACAAUGAACUGGUGGAACGAUCUCUGGCUAAACGAGGGCUUUGCUAGCUUCAUUGAGUACUUGGGCGUGGAUGCCGUCUAUCCAGAGUGGCAAAUGCGUGAUCAAUUCAUCGUGAGCACUUUACACAGCGUACUCACUUUGGAUGCAACCCUCGGCUCCCACCCGAUCAUCCAGACCGUGGAGAAUCCCGACCAGAUCACGGAGAUCUUUGACACCAUUACGUACUCCAAGGGUUCCUCGCUUGUGCGAAUGCUGGAGGAUUUCCUCGGGGAGACUACCUUCCGCCAGGCGGUUACCAAUUAUUUAAAUGAGUACAAGUACUCCACGGCAGAAACGGGUAACUUCUUUACAGAGAUCGACAAACUGGAACUGGGCUACAAUGUCACAGAGAUUAUGCUAACAUGGACGGUGCAGAUGGGUCUGCCAGUGGUCACGAUCGAAAAGAUCUCUGACACGGAAUACAAAUUGACGCAGAAGCGCUUCUUGUCCAAUCCGAACGACUAUGACGCCGAUCACGAGCCCUCGGAAUUCAACUACCGUUGGUCGAUCCCCAUCACAUAUUUUACCAGUUCGGAUUCGGCGGUGCAGCGCCUGUGGUUUUAUCAUGACCAGAGCGAAAUCACUGUAACCGUUCCCGCUGCCGUCCAAUGGAUUAAGUUCAACGCCGACCAGGUCGGCUAUUAUCGCUUUAACUACAAUACCGAUCUGUGGAAUAGUCUGGCCGACCAGUUGGUGGUGCAACCAAGUGCAUUCCGCUCGGUGGAUCGCGCUCAUCUCCUCAACGAUGCGUUUGCCCUGGCAGAUUCCACUCAGCUGCCCUAUGCGACGGCCUUCGAGUUGACCAGAUACUUGGACAAGGAGACCGAUUAUGUUCCUUGGAGUGUGGCUGCGUCCCGUCUGACUGCGCUGAAGCGAACCCUCUACUACACCAGCACCUACGCCAAGUACAAGAAGUACGCCACAGCUUUGAUUGAGCCCAUCUAUACUGCUCUCACCUGGACAGUCGGCACGGAUCACUUGGAUAAUCGCCUUCGCGUCACCGCCUUAAGUGCCGCCUGUUCCUUGGGCCUGGAAUCCUGCCUCUCUGAAGCCGGGGAGCAGUUCAACACAUGGCUGGCCAAGCCAGAGGAUCGUCCAAAGGCCGAUGUCCGUGAGACUGUCUACUACUAUGGCAUACAGUCCGUUGGAAACCAGGAGGAUUGGGAUGCAGUGUGGGAGCUGUUCGUCAACGAAUCGGAUGCGAGCGAGAAGUCCAAGCUGAUGUAUGGCCUGUCCGCCAUUCAGAUUCCCUGGAUAUUGCAGCGCUACAUUGAUCUGGCCUGGAACGAGGAUUACGUGCGGGGUCAGGACUACUUCACCUGCCUUACCUAUAUCUCCGCGAAUCCAGUUGGUGAGCCCCUGGUGUGGGACUAUGUACGGGAGAACUGGCAGCGACUUGUGGACCGAUUUGGACUUAACGAGCGCUAUUUGGGCAACUUGAUUCCCUCCAUCACUGCCCGCUUUAGCACCCAAACCAAGCUGGAGGAGAUGGAACAGUUCUUUGCCAAGUACCCGGAGGCUGGAGCCGGAACAGCCGCACGUGUGAGGGCUCUGGAGACGGUCAAGAACAACAUUGUUUGGCUGGCCGAGAACCUGGAGGGUGUGGACGCCUGGCUGGACAAGCAGUCACUGUCGCUCGCGACAGGUGUGAUUGCAAAGAUGUUCCUCAGUGGCUAUUGGUUGCAGGUGGUGCUCUGCUGGGCGGUGGUGGCCUUUGCCACGGCCACAGUGGUGGUGGCGGUGCAGAAGGCUCAGCUGGAAAGGGACCUCCGCGAUGUGCAGGACAAGAUCGAUAUGUUCGAGGAGUGGAACGGGGAGAGCCGCACUCGCAUGAAGCGUGAGGACACGAUUGAUUAUCGCCUGCCCACGAACCUGGUGCCCACGCACUACAACCUCUACUGGCACCCGGAUCUGGAAACAGGCAACUUUACCGGUCAGCAGAGGAUUAGUAUCAAGGUGGUGGAGGCCACGAACCAGAUUAUUCUCCACUCCUAUCUGCUGGAUAUCACAAGUGUCUAUGUGCUGAAUAGAGAGGUGGAAAAGUUCGAGCUGGAGGAGGAUCGUCAGUUCCUGAUUAUAACGUUGACGGAAGAGCUGCCGGUGGAUGCCAGUAUUACCCUGGGAAUCAUUUUCGGGGGUCAGAUGAAGGACAAGCUCGUGGGUCUCUACAGCAGCACAUAUCUGAAUGAGGCAGGAGCUACCAGAACCAUUUCAACGACAAAAUUCGAACCCACUUACGCGCGCCAGGCCUUCCCAUGCUUCGAUGAGCCCGCCAUGAAGGCCACUUUCGCCAUCACGGUGGUUCAUCCAUCGGGAUCCUACCACGCCGUUUCGAACAUGCAGCAGACGGAAUCCAAUUACUUGGGAGACUAUACUGAGGCCAUCUUCGAGACGAGUGUGUCGAUGAGCACCUACCUGGUGUGCAUCAUUGUGUCAGACUUCGCUUCCCAGACCACCACGGUAAAAGCCAACGGAAUUGGCGAGGACUUCUCCAUGCAGGCCUAUGCCACCUCGCAUCAGAUCAACAAGGUCGAGUUUGCUCUGGAGUUCGGACAAGCUGUCACGGAGUACUAUAUUCAGUACUAUAAGGUGCCCUAUCCGCUAACCAAACUGGACAUGGCCGCCAUUCCCGACUUCGCCUCGGGGGCCAUGGAGCACUGGGGAUUGGUCACUUACAGGGAGACUGCUCUGCUGUACGAUCCCAGUUACAGCUCCACGGCGAACAAGCAAUCGAUAGCCGGAACUCUGGCCCAUGAGAUUGCACAUCAGUGGUUCGGAAACCUGGUCACCAUGAAGUGGUGGAACGAUCUGUGGCUGAACGAGGGAUUCGCCCGCUUUAUGCAGUACAAGGGCGUCAACGCCGUACACCCGGACUGGGGAAUGCUGGAGCAAUUCCAAAUCGUUGCCCUGCAACCCGUGUUGCUAUACGAUGCCAAGCUAUCCUCCCAUCCAAUUGUCCAGAAGGUAGAAAGCCCCGAUGAAAUUACGGCCAUAUUCGACACCAUCAGUUACGAAAAGGGAGGAUCCGUGAUCCGCAUGCUGGAGACUCUUGUGGGCGCCGAAAAGUUUGAGGAGGCGGUGACCAAUUACCUGGUGAAGCAUCAGUUCAAUAACACGGUCACCGAUGACUUCCUCUCCGAAGUUGAAGCUGUGGUAACUGACUUGGAUAUCAAAAAACUGAUGCUCACCUGGACCGAACAGAUGGGCUAUCCGGUGUUGAAUGUUUCGAAGGUGGGAGAUGGUAGCUUCAAGGUUACCCAGCAGCGAUUCCUCUCCAAUCCAGCCAGUUACGAGGAGGCUCCAUCAGAAAGCACCUACGGAUACAAGUGGAGUGUUCCGAUUACCUGGUUUGCUGAUGAUGGUUCAUCGAACAGCUUCAUUUACGACUACGAUGUUGACUCUGUGGGAAUUGCGGUGUCCAACGAGGUGCAGUGGAUCAAGUUGAAUGUCAACCAAACUGGCUACUAUCGGGUCAACUACGACGAGGACCUGUGGGACCUGCUCAUCAAGCAGUUAACCACCAGUCCCGCUCGUUUCGAAAUCGCCGAUCGUGCUCAUCUCUUGAACGAUGGCUUCGCUCUGGCGGAUGCCAGCCAACUAUCCUACAGAAUUCCCCUGGAGAUGACCGCUUAUUUAGCCCAGGAGCGCGACUUCGUGCCCUGGUAUGUGGCCUCUAAUAAGCUCAGGUCGCUCCAUCGCAGUCUCAUGUUCAGCGAGGGAUAUGUCUCGUACCUCACCUAUGCCAGAAGUCUGAUCGCCGGCGUAUACGAGGAGGUUGGAUGGACUGUGGACGCAGACGAUCACCUGAAGAACCGCCUGCGGGUUUCCAUUUUGAGUGCCGCCUGUGCCCUGGGUGUUCCAGAUUGUCUGCAGCAGGCUUCCGAGCGCUUCAACGACUUCCUCCAAAAUCCGAGCAGCCGACCUUCCCCCGAUCUUCGCGAGAUUGUCUACUACUACGGCAUGCAGCAGUCCACCAGCCAAUCGAGCUGGGAGCAGUUGUUCCAACUCUUUGUGGCCGAAACCGAUGCCAGCGAGAAGCUGAAGCUGAUGUACGGAUUGUCUGGUGUUCGGAACAGCCAGUACCUGUUCAACUUCCUGGUUCUGGCCUCUAGCGAUGAGAGCAUCGUCCGCUCCCAGGACUAUUUCACCUGUGUGCAGUAUAUAGCCGCCAAUCCUGUGGGUGAACCUGUGGUCUGGGAAUUCUACCGUGAGCAGUGGCCCCAGCUCACCGCCCGUUUUGGCCUGAACAACCGCAACUUUGGUCGACUUAUCGCCCAGAUCACGGCCAACUUCGCCAGCUCCGUGAAACUGGAGGAGGUUCAGCACUUCUUCUCUAAGUACCCCGAAUCGGGAGCUGGAGCUAACUCCCGGUUGGAGGCCGUGGAAACCAUCAAGUACAAUAUUGAAUGGCUUUCCAGAAACGAAGCGGACAUCAGCGACUGGCUAACUGGAACGGCCUCGCCGCUGACCAAGAAAAACCAAUUUUGGCUGACUGUAAAGUCAGUGGCCAUCUUUUUGGGCCUGGCCUCCACAGCUUUUUGUGUGGCCACGAUUGUGCUGGCCGUUCAGAACGCGGAUCUGGAGAACGAUCUGCAGGAUGCCCUCGAUAAGAUCGACGCAUUGACAGCGGACACCACGUCCACGUCUUCCACCUCUACGAGCAGUUCCACGACCACCACCACUGCAGAUCCGAAUAGGCCCACGGAUGACCCAGAGCCUGGCUCUACCACCUCACCUGGCGGAGGAAGUGACACAACCCCCAGUGCAGGAACUUCCAGCACAGGAAGCACUUCCAGCACAGGAAGCACUUCCAGCACCAGCAAUCCCAUCUAUCCGACAUUGCCGACAGGACUGCCGGAUCCUGAAAAGAUCGAAUGGCGCCUGCCCACGGAACUGAAGCCCAUCAAGUACAAGCUGUACUACGAGCCCGACUUGAAGACCGGUGCCUGUGAGGGAACCGUGUCCAUCCAGUUCCAGCUGAACGCGGUCACCAAUCUGAUCGUCCUGCACGCCAAGGACCUCAAUGUGCACAGCAUCAGCAUCCUGAACAUGAUGGCGCGCAUACGCCUGGCCAUCGAUAGCAUCAACUUGGAUGAGUCCCGGGAGCUGCUCCUGAUCACGCUGAGGGAGGUCCUCAGUCUGAACAAGGCCUACACACUGUCCGCCAGCUUCGACUGCAACCUGAGCAGUCUGGUGGGCAGCUACAUUAGCAACUACACGGAUGCCGAUGGACUGGAUAGCGUUCAUGAUCAAUAUUUUGUUAUUGUGCAGAGACGCCUCUAUAGAAAGUCGUAUCAUUGCAACAAGCCCGGAGAUUCCGAUUGCAACUCUUGCGAAACGCAAAAAGAAGUACAAAUCAAUAGGCCAGAGAAACUAAAAGUCAUGUAUGCAGCGAAAAACGUACGCCCUCGCAGCAGCCUCUCCACAGACGACAACCACCGGAUCAAGGACACCAAUCGGCCCCACAAGGCCCCCAGCAACACGAUCCUGACCCUCGCCGCAUUCUGCGUCUUCCUGCUCGUCCUCUGCGGCUUCCUGCUGGGCGCCCUCGUCUACGUGGGCAAGAACAUAGCCGAGGAGCACCAGAGGCAGCAGCACGCGAAUGCUUCCCAGUGGUCCUUGAACUCCACCAUCCGCACAGUUUACGUGGACCGGGACCAGUUGCUCUCCACCAAGCCCAUUAUCAGUGUACUUUCAGAUAAUCGCGUUCACACCACCCAAGUGCCCACCAGCAGAAAAUCGAGCAUAAUGGCCACUGUGGCGCCCGCUGUAAAGGCCGCGAGCAAGGUGCUCCAGAAUCUGGGAUUCCGACUGCCCAAGCAGAUUAAACCAAGCAAGUACCGCCUUCACUUGCGCCCCGAUCUCGAACGGAAGAACUAUUCCGGCAAUAUAAGCAUUAGCAUGCAAGUUCUGGAGCCCAUCGCCUUCAUCCCAGUCCAUGUGAAGCAACUGAAUGUGAGCACCGUGGAGGUGAAGCGCCUGGACGAAUCGGGAGCGCCCCUCAAGGACAUCACCCCCUCGCUGACCUUUGCCCAUCCGGAGUUUGAGUACUGGGUCACCGAGUUCGAACACCCGCUGGAGGCCGGAAACUACACCCUGCUGCUCAACUUUACUGGAUCUCUCGUAGAUCGGAUUACGGGGAUGUACCAGAGCUCCUACUUGGACAAGCUGAAGAACCGCUCCAGAUCGAUCAUCUCCACCAAGUUCGAGCCAACCUAUGCCCGCCAAGCCUUCCCCUGCUUCGAUGAGCCCGCCCUGAAGGCCCAGUUCACCAUAACUGUGGCUCGUCCCAGUGGUGAUGAGUACCACGUCCUGUCCAACAUGCCGGUGGCCAGCGAGAUUGUCGAUGGCGAUAUCACCGAGGUGACCUUCGCAGAGACGGUGCCCAUGAGCACCUACCUGGCCGCCUUUGUGGUGUCUGAUUUUCAAUACAAGGAAUCCACUGUGGAGGGAACCAGCAUUGCACUGAAGGUUUAUGCGCCGCCAGCACAGGUGGAGAAAACGCAGUACGCCCUAGACACUGCCGCCGGAGUGAUGGCAUACUACAUCAACUACUUCAACGUGUCGUACGCGCUACCCAAACUGGAUCUGGUUGCCAUUCCCGAUUUCGUAUCCGGUGCGAUGGAAAACUGGGGAUUGGUCACGUUCCGGGAGACGGCUCUUUUGUACGACGAAUCUACCAGCUCCAGUGUGAAUAAGCAGCGUGUGGCCAUUGUCGUGGCCCAUGAGUUGGCCCACCAGUGGUUCGGAAACCUGGUAACCAUGAACUGGUGGAACGAUCUGUGGCUAAACGAGGGUUUCGCAUCUUUCCUCGAGUACAAGGGAGUCAAGCAAAUGCAUCCGGAAUGGGAUAUGGACAAUCAGUUUGUGAUUGAGGAGCUGCACCCAGUGCUGACCAUUGAUGCCACUUUAGCCUCCCAUCCAAUUGUCAAGUCCAUUGAGAGUCCAGCCGAGAUCACGGAGUACUUCGACACCAUCACCUACUCCAAGGGAGCCGCCUUGGUUCGCAUGCUGGAGAAUCUGGUGGGCGAGGAAAAGCUAAGAAACGCCACCACCCGCUACUUGGUGCGUCAUAUCUACGGAACUGCCACCACUGAGGAUUACCUCACAGCCGUCGAGGAGGAGGAGGGCCUGGACUUUGACGUGAAACAGAUCAUGCAAACCUGGACAGAGCAGAUGGGUCUUCCGGUUGUGGAGGUGGAGAAAACGGGCAGUACUUAUAAGCUCACCCAAAAGCGUUUCCUGGCCAACGAAGAUGACUACACAGCCGAAGCUGAAGCAUCGUCCUUCAACUACCGUUGGUCGAUUCCCAUUACCUACACGAGCAGCAUCAACAGUGAUGUCCAAACAUUAAUAUUCAACCACAAUGACAAUGAGGCCACUAUUACGCUUCCGGAAGAAGCCACCUGGAUUAAGAUUAACACAAAUCAAGUGGGCUUCUACCGAGUGAACUACGGAAGCAAUCAGUGGUCGGAACUUAUUUCUGUUCUGAAAAACUCCCGGGAAACUUUCACCACCGCCGAUCGCGCUCAUCUGCUAAACGAUGCCAAUACCCUGGCCGCUGCCGGACAGCUUAACUACUCCGUGGCACUGGAUCUGAUAUCUUAUCUGGAGAGCGAACAGGACUAUGUGCCCUGGAGCGUGGGCACCUCUGCCCUGGCAACGUUAAGGAACCGCGUAUACUACACGGAUUUGUACACUAACUUCACCACCUACGCCCGUAAACUGCUUAACCCCAUCGUAGAGAAGGUCACCUUUACCGUGGCGGCCGAUCAUCUGGAAAAUCGUCUCCGCAUUAAGGUGCUAAGCUCAGCCUGCAGCUUGGGACACGAGAGCUCCUUGCAACAGGCGGUCACCCUGUUCAACCAGUGGCUGGCUAGCCCCGAGACCCGACCCAAUCCAGAUAUCCGAGACGUAGUCUACUACUAUGGUAUGCAACAGGUGAACACGGAGGCGGCGUGGGAUCAAGUGUGGAAGCUGUAUCUGGAUGAGAGCGAUGCCCAGGAGAAGCUGAAGCUGAUGAACUGCCUAACCGCUGUGCAGGUGCCAUGGCUGUUGCAGCGAUACAUCAACUGGGCCUGGGAUGAGAGCAAUGUGCGCCGACAGGACUACUUCACCCUGCUGGGCUACAUAUCCACCAACCCGGUGGGCCAGAGCCUUGUGUGGGACUACGUGCGUGAGAACUGGGAGAAGUUGGUGGAGCGCUUCGGCAUCAAUGAACGCACCUUGGGUCGACUGAUCCCCACGAUCACUGCCCGCUUCUCCACAGAAACCAAGCUGGAAGAGAUGCAGCAGUUCUUUGCCAAAUAUCCCGAGGCUGGAGCCGGAACUACGGCCCGUCAACAGGCGUUGGAAGCGGUUAAGGCAAACAUCAAAUGGCUAGCGGUCAACAAGGUCCAGGUGGGCGAAUGGUUGGCCAAUUACGUCCAACAGUCCACGGUUACCAACCGCAUUCAAUGAGUCGGGAACUCGGCCAUUUGCACCCUGUAAAAUAUCAGUAAUGUAAAAACUACCAAUGGAAGUGAACAUAGUCUUAGCUAACUAGUGAAGCAAAAGCAUUUCAAAUGUGAACGAAGAAUUGUGAUUGCUUAUGAUAUUUUUGAAGAAAAUACAAGUGAAAAAAUAAUA